ACGUGUGCGCGCAGGGCGCAGGCGCGCGGGUCCCGGCAGCCCGUGGGACGCCAGCUGCUAGACGCGGGCAGCCGUCUGAGGUGGAGCUGCGGGAGGAUGGAGCCGCUGAAGGUGGAAAAGUUCGCAACCGCCAACAGGGGAAACGGGCUGCGCGCCGUGACCCCGCUGCGCCCCGGAGAGCUGCUCUUCCGCUCGGAUCCCUUGGCGUACACGGUGUGCAAGGGGAGUCGUGGCGUUGUCUGCGACCGCUGCCUCCUCGGGAAGGAAAAGCUGAUGCGAUGCUCUCAGUGCCGUGUUGCCAAAUACUGUAGUGCUAAGUGUCAGAAAAAAGCUUGGCCAGACCACAAGCGGGAAUGCAAAUGCCUUAAAAGCUGCAAACCUAGAUAUCCUCCAGACUCCGUUCGACUUCUUGGCAGAGUUGUCUUCAAACUUAUGGAUGGAGCACCUUCAGAAUCAGAGAAGCUUUACUCCUUUUAUGAUCUGGAGUCAAAUAUUAACAAACUGACUGAAGAUAAGAAAGAGGGCCUCAGGCAACUUGUAAUGACAUUUCAACAUUUCAUGAGAGAAGAAAUACAGGAUGCCUCUCAGCUGCCACCUGCCUUUGACCUUUUUGAAGCCUUUGCAAAAGUGAUCUGCAACUCUUUUACCAUCUGUAAUGCAGAGAUGCAGGAAGUUGGUGUUGGCCUAUAUCCUAGUAUCUCUUUGCUCAAUCACAGCUGUGACCCCAACUGUUCGAUUGUGUUUAAUGGGCCCCACCUCUUGCUGCGAGCAGUCCGAGACAUCGAGGUGGGAGAGGAGCUCACCAUCUGCUACCUGGAUAUGCUGAUGACCAGUGAGGAGCGCCGGAAGCAGCUGAGGGACCAGUACUGCUUUGAAUGUGACUGUUUACGUUGCCAAACCCAGGACAAGGAUGCUGAUAUGCUAACUGGUGAUGAGCAAGUAUGGAAGGAAGUUCAAGAAUCCCUGAAAAAAAUUGAAGAACUGAAGGCACACUGGAAGUGGGAGCAGGUUCUGGCCAUGUGCCAGGCGAUCAUAAGCAGCAAUUCUGAACGGCUUCCCGAUAUCAACAUCUACCAGCUGAAGGUGCUCGACUGCGCCAUGGAUGCCUGCAUCAACCUCGGCCUGUUGGAGGAGGCCUUGUUCUAUGGUACUCGGACCAUGGAGCCGUACAGGAUUUUUUUCCCAGGAAGCCAUCCCGUCAGAGGGGUUCAAGUGAUGAAAGUUGGCAAACUGCAGCUACAUCAAGGCAUGUUUCCCCAAGCAAUGAAGAAUCUGAGACUGGCUUUUGAUAUUAUGAGAGUGACACAUGGCAGAGAACACAGCCUGAUUGAAGAUUUGAUUCUACUUUUAGAAGAAUGCGACGCCAACAUCAGAGCAUCCUAAGGGAAUGCAGUCAGAGGGAGAGAUGGCGUGUGUCUUUGUUGAAUGCCUUAUUGAGGUCACACACUCUAUGCUUUGUUAGCUGUGUGAACCUCUCCUAUUGGAAAUUCCGUUUUGUGUUUGUGUAGGUAAAUAAAGGCAGACAUGGUUUGCAAACCACAAGAAUCAUUAGUUGUAGAGAAGCACGAUUAUAAUAAAUUCAAAACAUUUGGUUGAGGA